GGAGCAGACGGCGUAUCUUUAUCUCAUUUUCAUUCCCACCCAAACAUCAUUCUACGAUCUCAGGCCAAUCAUCCUAAUAAAAAACAAGUCAACUAUACACCCUUCCAUACUUUAAUAAUUAAAUCUACCAUUGGUUGGAGAAAUGGAGCAUAAUAAUAAUAACAAUAAUAAUGAGAAAAUUCCAUCAGCACCAAAUGGUAGUAAAAAGCAUAAGAAGUCCUCCGGCCUUACAUGUUUCGCUCCCCAAGAAUGGAACUUAGAAGAUGGAUCUCAACCCCCCGUCACUUGUUCAUUAAUGCCGACCCCUCCUCCUAUUCCUCUCGCAAAAAAGAUAGGAGCUGAGUUUAUAGGGACAUUGAUUCUCAUAUUUUCUGGGACAGCCACUGCUAUUGUGAACCAAAAGACAAAUGGGUCCGAGACUCUGAUUGGAUGUGCUACCUCUAGUGGUCUUGCUGUUAUGAUCAUCAUCCUCGCCACCGGCCACAUCUCUGGUGCUCAUCUCAACCCUGCAGUCACCAUUUCCUUUGCUGCAUUAAGGCACUUCCCGUGGAAGCAUGUGCCUAUGUAUAUUGGUGCACAAGUUAUGGCAUCAAUAUGUGCUGCAUAUACUCUCAGAGAAGUUUUUAACCCUAUCAUGAGUGGUGGAGUCACCGUUCCUACCGGAGGAUAUGGCCAAGCUUUUGCUUUAGAGUUCAUUAUCAGCUUUAUUCUCAUGUUUGUUGUUACUGCAGUGGCCACCGACACAAGAGCCGUAGGAGAACUAGCAGGGAUCGCAGUGGGAGCAACUGUGGUACUAAAUAUACUCAUAGCAGGGCCAAUAACAGGAGCGUCAAUGAACCCGGUUAGAACUCUAGGUCCAGCUAUUGUUACAAACAACUACAAAGACAUAUCGGUCUAUCUAGUAGCUCCCAUACUUGGAGCUCUAGCUGGGGCAGGUGCCUAUACUGCAGUCAAGCUGCCUGAAGAAGAUGAUGUUAAUGCAAAGACUAAUAUUUUUUCAAACCACCCCAGCUUCAGAUCAAACCAACCCAGCUUCAGAAGUUGAUGAUCAACUUCUCCCGUCUCAAUGCUCAUCCAUCAUCGACACUUACAUGAUGGUUAUGAUUAUGCAAGCAGGAGCAGAGCUAGAUUAGGGCUGCGGAGGGCCGGAGCCCGUCCCAAAAUUUUCAUUUUUA